AUGCAAGACAAGUUCCGCAACGCCAUCUAUGAAUUCGACAGCAUCGUCACCACCACCGUCAAGCUCCUCACCUACGCCCAGAACCUCUCCAUCCCCGUCUACGCAACCACCCAGACCGCCGCCAAGCUGGGCGCCACCGUCCCCGCCAUCGCCGACAUGCUCGGUGUCUCCGAAGUCCACGACAAGACAAAGUUCUCCAUGCUCAUCCCCUCCAUCGCCGCCAGCCUCGCGCCCGGCUCGCGCGUCGCCCUCGUCGGCAUCGAGACGCACAUUUGCAUCACGCAGACGGCUCUAGACCUGCGCGACGCCGGCCACUUCCCGUAUGUCAUCGCCGACGGCGUGAGCUCCUGCAACAAGGGCGAGGUGGGCAUUGCGCUGGACCGCCUGAGGAGCGAGCCUGGCAUCGUCGUCACGUCGAGCGAGAGCUGGAUGUACGAGUGCUUGGGCGAUGCGUCACAUGCCUUGUUCAAGGGCCUGUUUACGGUGGUGAAGAGUAAGUUGAGCGAAACCAGCAAGGUGUUGAGUGUGCUGCCACCUUCCAAGAUCUGA